CUCUCUCUCUCUCUCUCUCUCUCUCUCUCUCUUCACAUUAUAUAAAUUUCUCACUAAGAUUUUUAUGUUUGCCGCUGUGCUGUUAAACUCAAGCUUUUGAUCAGUUCCGGUUUAUUUUUUCUUGGCGUCAGCAAAAGUUUGUUAGGACUUCCUGUGCUUCCAUAUAAUAGUUUCGAGAAGAUGUCGGAUGGUCAUGAAACUGACAAGAACAUUGAGAUAUGGAAGAUCAAGAAGCUUAUCAAGGCACUGGAAGCUGCUCGAGGUAAUGGUACCAGUAUGAUUUCUCUUAUCAUGCCUCCACGUGAUCAAGUUGCUCGUGUUACAAAGAUGCUGGGGGAUGAAUUUGGAACUGCGUCUAACAUCAAAAGUAGAGUGAAUCGCCAAUCUGUUCUUGGUGCAAUUACAUCUGCUCAGCAGAGGUUGAAAUUGUAUAACAAGGUACCUCCAAAUGGACUUGUGCUUUACACUGGAACCAUUGUUACCGAGGAUGGAAAGGAGAAAAAAGUAACAAUUGAUUUCGAGCCCUUCAGGCCUAUCAAUGCAUCGCUCUAUCUCUGUGACAAUAAGUUCCACACUGAGGCACUGAGUGAACUUCUAGAAUCUGAUGACAAGUUUGGCUUUAUUAUUAUGGACGGGAAUGGAACCUUGUUUGGAACAUUGAGUGGUAAUACGAGAGAAAUUCUUCACAAAUUUUCUGUUGACCUCCCCAAGAAACAUGGAAGAGGAGGUCAGUCUGCUUUGCGGUUUGCCCGUCUACGAAUGGAGAAGCGUCACAACUAUGUGAGGAAAACGGCAGAGCUGGCCACCCAAUUUUACAUCAAUCCUCAGACCAGCCAGCCCAAUGUGUCGGGACUUAUACUUGCUGGCUCAGCUGACUUCAAGACUGAGCUCAGUCAAUCUGAUAUGUUUGAUCCUCGUCUUCAGGCCAAGAUUUUGAAUGUAGUUGAUGUUUCUUAUGGAGGGGAAAAUGGUUUCAACCAGGCAAUUGAGCUUUCCGCUGAGAUCUUAUCCAAUGUGAAAUUUAUACAAGAGAAGCGUUUGAUAGGCAAGUACUUUGAGGAGAUUAGCCAGGACACUGGGAAGUAUGUUUUUGGCGUUGAUGACACAUUGAAAGUUCUCGAAAUGGGUGCUGUUGAGACACUUAUUGUGUGGGAGAAUCUGGACAUAACUAGAUAUGUGCUCAAGAAUACCUCCACUGGUGAGCUUAUCAUUAAACACUUCAACAAGGACCAGGAGAUUGAUCAGAAGAACUUUCGGGAUGCAGCCACGAAUGCUGAAUUGGAGGUUCACGAAAAGAUGUCACUGCUUGAAUGGUUCGCCAAUGAAUAUAGACGUUUUGGUUGCACACUUGAAUUCGUCACCAACAAAUCGCAAGAGGGUUCUCAGUUUUGCCGAGGUUUUGGAGGAAUAGGAGGAAUUCUUCGCUACCAGUUGGAUGUUCGAGCAUUUGAUGAACUUUCUGAUGAUGGAGAAAUUUAUGAAGAUUCUGAAUAGCAAUCAACCAACUUCUCCAAUUACGGUGCAGGGGUGGAGCAGAAGACCUGCACCGGCGCGCAAGGGCUCGCGCUAGACGAUGCUGCUCCGACUUUGUUGACAGAAAAAAAUCAGAGGAAUUUCAAGAAGACUUCAUGGUUGAACUCUACAGGAGGAGACAAGGAAUCCCAUGAAGGAGGCAAUGUGUUCGCAACUUAUCCAACGAAACGUGAGACGAUCUGCAAUCCAUGUCUACGUUCUGCGUAUGGUGAAGUUAUGUGAUUAUGCUUUGAGGAGAGAAGGCAGCCCGUAUCUUAAAAGGCUUGAAGUUUGUUACUCAAUCUGUGUUUGUCUAGUUAUGUCUUGUUAAUGGCAGUUGGACCACAAUAUUCUCCUGCAAGUCCUGUGUUCUGGACUGCUUAUAAUAAUGGAGAUGGAUUAUUCUGCUUAAUAAAAUGCUUCUGGUGUUUACUUGAUUAA